UCAAGAACUGCUCCUACUUCAAACACUUCACAUCAGGGGAAGAGGCUGAAGUUUUUGAAGUAAAGACUCAGAAAGAGUACAACAUCUCAGCUGCUGCCAUUGCAAUCUUCAGUUUGGCCUUCAUGACCCUGGGCAGUCUCUGCCUCCUGGGGGCUUUUGGGAAGGGCAGAGACUAUCUGCUGAGACCAGCUGGCAUGUUCUUUGCUUUUGCAGGUCUGUGCAUCGUCAUCUCGGUGGAGAUCAUGAGGCAGUCGGUCAAACGCAUGAUUGACAGUGACGAGACCAUAUGGAUCGAGUACUACUAUUCGUGGUCCUUCGCUUGCGCCUGCGCCGCCUUCACCCUCCUCUUCCUCAGCGGCAUCAGCCUCCUCAUCAUCUCCAUGCCACACAUGCCCAGAAACCCCUGGGAGACCUGCAUGGACGCCGAACCAGAGCCCAUAGACUAGAGUAGCGUCGACCACAGAGUAAGAGCGCAACGCAACGGACACAGGAGUCACACUAGCAGAGCGAAUGAUAAUGAUGCAUUGCAUUUAUAGAUGAUGAUAGUGAUGCAUUGAUAUUUUUAAC